GAGUCGUCCAGUCGUUUGUCCGUCAGUUUCAAUAGCGCCGACAGUCAGACAAACGGCAACUCAAUGCCGGGUUAUACUAAUAAUAAGCGAAAGUCAUUCUCUGUCGGCCACCGAAAGGCCCACAGUUUGGGCACAAAUGUGUUGUCUUCCAUAGCAGCCAUUCCAUCGAAUUAUAAGACAUUUUCUGUGAAUAAAACUAUGGUUUCCGAGAAUAAGAAGAAUUUGUGUCUAAUAGACGACAGUCUCAUAAACGACGAGCCGGUUAUCCAGAAGCUAAGAGAACCGUUGGAGCGCUCAGUCAUGCCUUCAUUGCCGACAAUCGAAAUUAUUUACGACGAGUCGGAAGCGGAGGUCCGCGAAGAGGACCAGAAGCCACUCGACUCUCAUAUCGAACGAAGACAUUCGCUAAUGAAUGAGAAGAUUAUAUUUCAGGGAAGGGUUAAGAGAAAGACGGUUAUUAAAGACGGGAGAAAGCCUUCCAUGACCAGUUGGGUCCGGUAUUGGCUCGUAUUACAGGGAACACAGCUCCUAUACUUUGAUCACAAACAGUUCAAGAGUUAUCAGACAAAUAUUUUCCAUUCAACUCCAUUGAAGUGUCGAUCACUAAAGGGUUGGAUCGUCGCACUGGUUGAAGACAUUCAAACGGACCACACGUUCACAUUAUCUGACAAUUUAGGCCGAAAUGUAUAUAAAUUCAAGGCAUCGACGGCCACACAGGCCUACGAAUGGUAUAAGAAGAUUAGUCAACAAUUAUCUCAAUUCAAGUGCAACCCAUCGACGGGCGACCCUCUCAUAGACUUCGAGGACGAUUCCAAUCAUAAAAGCCGAUUACAGAUUCCUAAGAAUUAAUUUUACUUUUUAUAAGCAAUUAUUUAUCAUUUUUACCAACUUUUUUAAUAUUGAAAUUAAUGCCAAAAAUUUUUAUUAUAUUACCGGUAAUAACAUUUAAUAAUUGUAUAAUAAAAACAAAGUAACUCAACG